AUUUAUUUCAACAAACCGCAAAGGAGUGUUGAAGUGUGUCAAGCGCGUGUUAGUUGUAUUCACUGCAUUUAAACUUUAUAUAAACUGACAGUCAGUCGACGCACAUAGAGCAGGUAAAUUCUGCUCCCUAGCUUUAAAUGUACAUACAGCUAACAGAUAGAUUGAACUGUGAUAUUUUGGAUGAGAUAAACAACUAUAUCAUGUGGACCUGAUGGAACAGAUGGGAGUCACGAUGCUCCACAGUAACCCUCUGCAAGCUGCUUGGCUGUGUAGUCUGCUCGCUGUUCAGGUCCUCAGCUGCCCAGAUUCCUGCAUCAAGUGUUCAGGCCCAGAAAAUGACCAGUGUGAGCAAUGCAGAGCAGGAUGGACACUCCACAAUAACACCUGUGUAGACAUUGAUGAGUGUGGCACUGAGCUUGGCACCUGUCCUACAAACAGAUACUGCUUCAACACAGAGGGUUUGUUUGAGUGCAGAGAUUGUGACUCAGCCUGUGUGGGCUGUAUGGGCAGUGGACCAGCACGCUGCAGGAAGUGUGCCUCUGGUUACACAUUAACAGGGUCCAAAUGUUUGGAUAUAGAUGAAUGCAGUGACAGGGUACUUGCCUGUCAUGGUCUGGAUGAGAUCUGUACCAACACAGAAGGCUCUUUCCGCUGUGACUGUGCUGAUGGAUUCAUCCGCAAAGAUGGUGUCUGUGUGAAGAAGCAACAGCCUCGCGUUCAGGAGAAAGGUCUGUUUGAGGAUAUACAGGAUGACGAGGUGCAGGUGCUGCAGCAGAUGUUCUUUGGUGUUGUGCUUUGUGCUCUGGCAACAUUAGCUGCGAAAGGAGAUAUGGUCUACACAUCUGUAUUUAUGGGGGCCGUUGCAGCCAUGGCUGGUUACUGGCUUUCUGACAGGGGGGACCGUUUGUUAAACAACUUUGUCAGGGGACGUUAACACCAAAAGUGUGAAAAACAGAUUGUACAUGCUGUAUGACAAUGCCUUAAACAAUCACUCUUCAGACAAAUCAAAUCAAUCUUAUGCAUUAACUUUUAUUAUCAACAAUAUUUGUUAUUGAUAUGAAAGCUAUUUUGCUCUGCAAUGUGUUCAUGAUUUUCACACUUUUCUAUCUGUUAGAGAAAUUGUUGUGGUAAACUUUAACCACUGAACUGUUGUGAACAAAAUGUAAAAAAUACAUGGUGCUAAAGGUGUUUGUGCAGAACCAACCUUUCCUGGAGAAGUGACCAUUUUCUCUGUCCCUGCAGCUUCUCUACGCCGACUACAUACUUUUCUUUUUCCCCAACUGACUGGGAUUGGUCUUUUUUUGAGUUUUCAUUCUGUAACACAGUGUCUGUGGCAUAGAGCUUCUCAAAAUGAAUGUGGUUGUUUAUUCUUGACCUUUUCAAAUGUAGUUGAAAAAGCUUUAUUUAAGAGGCACUUACUAGUUUAUGGUCUGGAGAUUUGUAACUGUAACUAGCUGGGGAUUGAGUUGGUUUUAAUGUAAAUAGUCUCCAGUGACUGAAAGACUGUAAGGUUUAGUAGAAAGUUGUUAAGGCUUUAGACAUUUUUCAGCAGAUGCCUUGUUUUGAUAUUCGGAGCAAAUACAAUAACAUGUUAGUAACUGUAGAUUGAUUUAGGAUUGAUUUAAAGCUUGCUUGGACUUGCUGUAUCAAAGACAUUAUAUUUGCACACUCGAAAAAUAAAUGUUUUACCUGUACUAAAAUGUAGUAUAUCAUAACAUUGUAAUGCCCCUUUU